AGACAAGGUGUAUCGUGUUAGCCAACGGCUGCUCUGUCUUCACGUCAGACGAUGAAGAAGUUGUGGCUUCCACUUCUGUUUGCCGUCUGGCUGUCAGCUGUGGGCGGAAGUGGAAGUAAGAACAAGAGGCCGAACAUUGUCUUUGUUCUGGCAGACGACUACGGCUUCAACGACAUCGGUUACCAUGGGGAACAGAUUUUCACUCCUGUUUUGGAUAAGCUGGCGUCUGAUGGAGUAAAACUAGAGAACUAUUAUGUCCAGCCCAUCUGUACACCCACUCGUAGUCAACUCAUGACUGGAAGGUACCAGAUCCACACUGGUCUCCAACAUUAUGUUCUGUUGCCGGAACAAGCCAACGGUCUGCCCCUGGACGACCCAACAAUGGCGGACAAGAUGAAGGAAGCCGGUUACGCCACACACAUGGUGGGGAAAUGGCACCUGGGAUUUUACAAGAAGGAGUACUUGCCCUUUAACAGAGGCUUCGACUCCUACUUCGGCUACCUGGUCGGAGAGGAAACCUACUACGGCCACAAGCGGGACUACACAGACGGGAACUGGUACCUGGACCUGCGUGACCAGAACGGACCUGUACAUAGCGAGGAGGGACAUUACUCUGGUCAUCUCUUCACGGAGAAGGCUAUUGAUGUGGUGCAAGCUCAUGAUCCCAGGAAACCGUUGUUCCUGUACCUGGCCUACCAGUCUGUCCACGGCCCGCUACAGGUGCCGGAGAAAUAUGAGAGACAGUACAGACACAUCCAGGACGAGAACCGAAGAAUCUACGCAGGCAUGGUGUCCGCCAUGGACGAAGGUGUGGGCAACCUCACCCAGGCGCUCAAGGACAAAGGUCUCUGGGACAACACCGUUCUCGUUUUCUCGACUGACAACGGCGGUACUCCUAAAGGCGGAGGUAACAACUUCCCCCUCCGUGGCUGGAAAGGUUCUCUCUGGGAGGGAGGUAUCCACGGUGUGGGGUUUGUCUCCGGCGGGAGGGUGCCGCUGAAAGGAACAGUCAACCGAGAGCUGAUCCACGUCUCUGAUUGGUUCCCCACGCUGGUGGGCCUGGCACAGGGCUCCCUCAACGGAACGAAGCCUUUGGACGGAGUGGACCAGUGGGGCACCAUCAGCCGCGGAACUCCCAGCAAACGCACAGUCCUACUUCACAACAUCGACCCCUUGGCCCGUACACUCGGCGUCCCUCUGUACAACGACACGUUCGACACCACGGUGAGGGCGGCUGUACGGGUGGGCCACAUGAAGCUCAUCACCGGGGAACCUUACAACGGGAGCUGGGUACCGCCCCCUGGAUCAGCCCACAAGUUUGAACCUGAGCCUAACACAUUCCCUGACAAGAACGUGUGGUUGUUCAACAUCACAGCUGACCCGACCGAGCACCACGACUUGUCUGACCAGAUGCCGGGCACGGUCCGGACCCUCCUGGGAUAUCUACAACGGUUUAACCAGCACGCCGUGCCUGCAGUGUACCCUCCCCUAGACAAGAACAGUAACCCAGCGUUGCGCGGGGGAGUUUGGGGGCCGUGGCAGUAG